AAGUCGUAGCUCCGGCGCCCAACGGCUGGUCGUGGUCUGCGGUCGGGGCCGUAGCGCUUCUCGGUGACGGGCAGCUGCCGCAGCCAAUAGCUGGGCUCGUCGCCCUCUCGCCCCGCCUCCCCCCGCGUCCGUUUCCAUGCGCUUCAAGCCAGCUUUUGGUUGAGUGUUGGGCUCCUUCCCGAGAGCAAGGGGGCUUUUCCUGGUCAGGCCCGCCGCGAUCCCCCAAACCCUCUGCCCCUCCUGGCUGAGGGAGCAUGAGCCAUUUGCAGAACUUACUGUUAGAUACACUCCUGGGAACGAAGCAUGUAGACAGUGCAGCCCUCAUCAAACUCCAGGAGCCGAGCCUAUGUGUAGCAUCACCUGGAUUUAGUGUAAUGCCCAGUGAUGUCCGAACACUUGUGGAUGGAUUUGCCAAGAACCCUUUGAAAACCAGAAGAGAAGGAUUGUAUUUCAAGGAGAAGGACUACAAAUGUGUCCGGGCAGAUGACUAUUCUCUUUAUGCUAAGAGUGAAAAUACUGGUGUGGUUGUUGUGAAGACCCGUCUGUAUCUUCUGGUGGCAACUUACACUGAGGGCAUGUAUCCUAGUGUCUGUGUGGAAGCCACAGAGAAAUUGGGAGAAUAUCUAAGAAGAAAAGGAAAUUAAGUCAUCAGAGGACUAUGAAAGACAGCUUUUAUGAUUUUAGAAGAAAAGUAUAGAUCCUAAAGAAAAAGUAAUGCCUUAUAUUGUGGUUGAAAAAUACUAGGCAGAAGAUACUGAAAAGGAAGAAUGAGUUAAGGAAGCAAUUUUUCUUAUUUCAAGAGAUCCUCUUCUUUAAUUGGAA